CAGACAAGAUGGCCGGGCUGCCCCGAAGGAUUAUUAAGGAAACCCAGCAUUUGCUGGCAGAACCAGUUCCUGGGAUAAAAGCAGAACCAGAUGAAAGCAAUGCACGUUAUUUUCAUGUGGUCAUUGCAGGCCCACAGGAUUCCCCCUUUGAGGGAGGGACUUUUAAACUUGAACUAUUUCUUCCAGAAGAAUAUCCAAUGGCAGCUCCUAAAGUACGUUUCAUGACCAAAAUUUAUCACCCUAAUGUAGACAAGUUGAGAAGAAUAUGUUUAGAUAUUUUGAAAGAUAAAUGGUCUCCAGCGUUGCAGAUCCGUACAAUGCUGCUUUCAAUCCAAGCUUUGUUAAGUGCUCCCAAUCCAGAUGAUCCAUUAGCAAAUGAUGUAGCUGAGCAGUGGAAGACCAAUGAAGCCCAAGCCAUAGAAACAACCAGAGCAUGGACUAGGCUAUAUGCCAUGAAUAAUAUUUAAAUUCAAUCUCAACAUCAAGUGUGCAUCACUUCUCCUGUUCUGCCAAGACCUCUUCCUUUUUUGUUUGCAUUUAAUGGACACAGUCUUAGAAACAUUACAGAAUAAAAACCCAGACCAUCUUCAGUCCUUUGGUGAUUAAAUGCACAUUAGCAAAUCUAUGUCUUGUCCUGAUUCACUGUUGUAACGCAUGAGCAGAGGCUAGAAGUAUCAUCUGGAUUGUUGUGAAUUGUUUAAAAGCAGUAGCAGCCCAGCUCUGCUUUUAUUCAUUUCUCCCAUCAUGGUUUAAGUAUAAGCACUGUGAAUGAAAGUAGUUGUUGGUUAGCUGCAGGGGUGUGUCUUUUUUUCCUUCCAAUUUUGUGGGCUCCUUUUCCCUUUUUAUGGUGAUGCUAAUUGCGUUGGUUAAAGCAGCUAACCAGUUGUACUUUAGAAUAUGCCCUCUAGCCAAGUCUAACUCCUUAGACGCUGUAGAUGGACAAGCUUGGUUGUUUGAACAAAAAUGGGAACAUUAAACAUCACAGCCCUCACUAAUAUCGUGAUUCUGCUGUCAAGUGUAGAAACUUCCCUUCAAGAAAAGCUUGUGACCAUUUUGUAUGGCUUGUCUGGAAACUUCUGUAAAUCUUAUGUUUUAGUAAAAUAUUUUUUGUUAU